AUGUCUGAAGACACUGACCACAACUUAGCACCAGCCCUCGACAGCAUAUCUUAUGGAAUACAGAACCGAGCAGGGUCUGAGAACUCACUGCUGGAUGAUGAUGAAGAUUAUUUUCUCAACUCUGGGGAUCUUGCAGGCAUACCUGUUGUUGGGAGUGACAAUGAAGAUGAUCAAAAUUUCGCUCCAAAAGACACUCUCUCUUCAGCACUUCAUGAUGAAGGCCAUCUGGAAGAGGGCAAGAGAAUUACAGAACAUGAGUUGGACAGUGAAAAAGAAGUUCAGAUUCAGGAUGCAAUCCAGAAGGAUCUCACUUCCCCAUUUGAGCAGGGCCCUGUAUUUAAACAGAUUCGAAAAGAUUUUAGCAUAACGAGAGAUAAUGGCAAAGAGACUUUUUCAGCAAAGGACAAGAAUAGAGAAGGACAUUUUCAAGAACGUGAAAAACGGUUGGAAAAAAUCCCUAAAGAUAUGGAUUCUAGAUUGAAAAGCAGUUUUCUUGACAAAGCAGUUCAUAAUCAAGUAGAAGAAACAUUACGGACGCAGUUAGCGCCACAAACUCCAGAAACUAACUUCAGGGAGUCUAGCUACCUAUUUUCUAGUAAGGAAUCUAUUGGACAAGAGCUGGGGAAUUCCUUUGCACCAAAUAUUAGAAUUAAGGAGGAGCCUUUGGAUGACGAAUAUGAUAAAGCUAUGGCCCCACAGCAGGGACUAUUAGACAAAAUUAAAGAUGAACCUGAUAAUUCCGAGGAGUACGGCCAACAGCCAAAAACUCAGGAAGGGGAGCUGAAAAUCAGUGCUGUAUUUUCAGUCAGUGGCAGUCCUCUUGCUCCACAGCUGUCAUCAGGUUUCCAGCCUGCUGUGGCAUCCUCUGGCAUGAGUAAAAUGCUUCCUUCAGUUCCAGCCACAGCUGUUCGGGUUUCCUGUUCUGGCUGUAAAAAAAUCCUGCAGAAGGGGCAAACCGCAUACCAGAGGAAAGGCUCUACCCAGCUCUUCUGCUCCACACUGUGCCUCACUGGAUACACUGUUCCAGCCUCUCGCCCACCAGCUUCCACCAAGAAAACCUGCUCAAGCUGCUCAAAAGACAUUGUAAAUCCAAAGGAUGUAAUCACUGCCCAGUUUGACAAUACAAACCCCAGUAAGGAUUUCUGCAGCCAGUCUUGUCUUUCUACAUGUGAACUGAAGAUGAAACCCAUUGUAACUAUCCACACUAACAGCAUUUCAACCAAGUGCAGCAUGUGCCAGAAGAAUGCAGUGAUCAGGCAUGAGGUGAACUACCAGAACGUUGUGCACAAGCUCUGCAGCGACGCCUGCUUCUCCAAGUUCCGUUCAGCGAACAACCUGACCAUGAACUGCUGUGAGAAUUGUGGGGGAUACUGCUACACUGGCUCCGGCCAGUGUUACAUGCUGCAGAUUGAGGGACAGUCAAAAAAGUUCUGCAGUUCAGCAUGUCUGACAGCAUACAAGCAGUCAGCUAAAAUUACACCUUGUACACUGUGUAAAUCUUUGAGAUCUUCAGCCGAGAUGAUAGAGAGCACAAGUAACCUGGGAAAAACGGAACUGUUUUGUUCUGUAAACUGCUUGUCAGCAUAUAAAGUAAAAAUGGUUACUUCUUCAGGUGUUCAAGUUCAGUGCAACAGCUGUAAAACUUCAUCAAACCCUCAGUAUCACUUGGCUAUGUCAGAUGGGAGCAUACGCAAUUUUUGCAGCUACAGUUGUGUAGUAGCUUUUCAGAAUUUGUUCAACAAGCCUGCAGGAGUGAACUCCUCAGUGGUUCCUCUGUCUCAAGGUCAAGUCAUUGUAAGCAUUCCCCCGGGGGCAACGGUAUCGACCAGUGGCUCCACCUCCACAGUGUCCCCCAGCUCCAUGAGCACCUCAGCUGCAGCUGGUCUCCAGAGGCUGGCUGCCCAGUCCCAGCAAGUCACUUUUGCCCGUCCUGUUGUAAAACUCAGGUGUCAGCACUGUAACAAAUUGUUUGCGACCAAACCAGAGCUGCUUGACUACAAGGGUAAAAUGUUCCAGUUCUGUGGGAAGACCUGCUGUGAUGAAUAUAAGAAGAGGAGUGGUGUAAUGGCAAUGUGUGAAUACUGCAAAACUGAGAAGAUUAUUAAGGAGACAGUGCAAUUCUCAGGCACAGAUAAACCCUUCUGUAGUGAAGGUUGUAAACUACUCUAUAAGCAUGACUUGGCUAAACGCUGGGGAAACCACUGUAAAAUGUGCAGUUACUGUUUACAGGCUUCUCCCAAACUGGUCCAGCAUCACUUUGGGGGGAAAAUGGAAGAAUUUUGCUCAGAGGAGUGCAUGUCUAAAUUCACAGUUUUGUAUUACCAGAUGGCAAAGUGUGAUGGUUGUAAGAGACAAGGAAAACUCAGUGAGUCCAUGAAGUGGCAAGGGGAGAUCAAGCAUUUUUGCAAUCUGCUAUGUAUUCUGUUGUUCUGUAAUCAGCAAAGUGUUCCUGACCCUCCAGCCCCAAACAACACAGCAAACCUUUCUAUGGCACCAGCUUCCUCCUCAGGCCCUCCUUCUUUGAGAAAGGACUCCACCCCUGUCAUAGCAAAUGUGGUGUCCCUUGCAAGCACCCCCGCUGCCCAGCCUACGGUUAACUCCAACAAUGUUUUGCAGGGUGCAGUCCCUACUGUGACAGCAAAAAUAAUAGGAGACGCUAGUACUCAGACUGAUGCCCUAAAGUUACCAUCAUCACAACCACCAAGACUUCUAAAAAACAAAGCAUUGUUAUGCAAGCCAAUCACACAGACAAAGGCCACCUCAUGCAAACCACACACACAAAACAAAGAAUGCCAGACAGAAGAAGUUCAACCCCGGAUCAUUGUGGUACCUGUUCCUGUACCAGUGUUUGUGCCAGUGCCCCUUCACCUCUACACGCAGUACACACCAGUUCCACUUGGGAUGCCAGUACCUGUACCAGUGCCCAUGGUGUUCCCAACCACCCUGGAUAAUGCUGACAAGAUCGUUGAAUCUAUUCAGGAUAUCAGGGAAAAGAGUCCCACAAAUCCAUUUGAAGCUGAUCUCCUUCAGAUGGCAGAAAUGAUUGCAGAAGAUGAGGAGAAAGAAAAAACGCACUCUCAUGGUGGAUCUCAAACAUCUGAGCAUGAACUCUUUCUGGACCCCAAGAUAUUUGAGAAAGACCAGGGUAGCUCUUACAGUGGUGAUCUGGAGUCAGAAGCUGUGUCCACUCCACAUAGCUGGGAGGAGGAGUUAAAUCACUACGCCUUACGAUCAAAUGCCCUGCCAGAGCCAGAGCCAGAGCUGAAGCAGUUCUCCAAAGGUGAUGUGGAACAGGACCUCGAAGCAGAUUUUCCAUCAGACUCCUUUGACCCUCUCAGUAAAGGACUGGGGUUGCAUUCACGUUCUCGAGCGAGACGGAGACACAGAGAUGGCUUCCCACAGCCCAAGAGACGGGGCCGGAAGAAGUCUGUGGUGUCUGUGGAGCCCCGGAACCUGAUGCAGGGCUCCUACCCAGGCUGCUCUGUUUCUGGGAUGACCCUGAAAUACAUGUAUGGGGUAAACGCCUGGAAAAACUGGGUCCAAUGGAAAAAUGCACAGGAGGAACAAGGGGACCUGCAGUUUUCAGUUCGUCCUGUGAAAGUCAAGGAGGACAUUCUCUCAUGCACUUUUGCUGAGCUGAGUUUUGGGUUGUGCCAGUUUAUCCAAGAGGUGCGGAGACCAAAUGGAGAAAAAUAUGAUCCUGACAGCAUCUUGUACUUGUGCCUUGGAAUUCAGCAGUACCUGUUUGAGAAUGGUAGAAUAGAUAACAUUUUUACCGAGCCCUAUUCCAGGUUUAUGAUUGAACUUACAAAACUUUUGAAAAUCUGGGAACCUACAAUUCUUCCAAAUGGUUAUAUGUUCUCAAGAAUUGAAGAGGAACACUUGUGGGAAUGUAAACAGCUGGGUGCAUAUUCCCCUAUCGUUUUAUUGAACACGCUUCUGUUCUUCAACACCAAAUACUUCCAACUAAAGAAUGUCAGUGAGCACCUGAAACUGUCCUUUGCCCACGUUAUGAGACGCACCCGGACUCUGAAGUACAAUACUAAGAUGACUUAUUUACGUUUUUUCCCACCCUUUCAAAAACAAGAGGUAGAAUCAGAUAAAUUAUCUGGAGGGAAAAGGAAACGCAGUGAAGAUGAGGAGAUUCCAACAGCAGUGGAAAUGGCUGAGAACACAGAUAAUCCCCUGCGAUGUCCAGUCCGACUUUAUGAGUUUUACUUAUCAAAGUGUUGUGAAAGUGUGAAGCAGAGAAGUGACGUGUUUUACCUGCAGCCUGAGCGCUCCUGCGUGCCCAACAGCCCCAUGUGGUAUUCCACACUGCCAAUCGACCCGGGCACCCUGGACAUCAUGUUAACAAGGAUUCUUAUGGUGAGGGAGAUACACGAAGAACUUGCCAAAGUCAAAUCAGAGGACUCUGAUAUUGAGUUGUCAGACUAACUGAAGUGGGGUAUUUUCCUUUGAAUACACACCAGAAGCACCAAACUGUGAAUACGUCCAGCCUUUGGAAAAUGUAUAUCAAAUAAGCCAAGAUAAUGUCACCUACAGGCAUACUUUGAACCACGGUGGAUGUACAAACUGGAACUGGAAGGAAACAAGCUGUAUAAGCUGCAAAAAACAACGUCCUGUGGCACCAAUAAACCCUCUGAACAAAUUGGAGACGAACUAACCUCUCAUGAGUGGUGCAUAAAUCCGUUAUCUGUUUAGGAUUUUUUCA